AUUCACCAUCUGGUAACACUAUCCGAAAGUGACACGGCGGCAGCGAAGCGCAAUCGAAAGCGAAAGCGAAAGUUGACAGGCUCUUUUUGCCGUGCACAAAAGCUUGAGGAUCGGGAUUUGCCAUCGCCAAUCGCCAGGAUGUCCAACGCCAUCGACGAACUGCAGGCGAUCAUCGCGGAGAUGAAAUCGGAGAUGGAGGAGCACCGGAUCGGCAGUGGAAGUGCUGGCGGCGGCGGCGGUGGUCAAAGUCGCCCGGUGCGCGACCGCAUCGAACGCAUGUCCGCUGAGGUGGUGGACUCCAAUCCCUACAGCCGCCUGAUGGCCCUGCAGCGGAUGAACAUCGUGAAGGACUACGAGCGCAUCCGGGACAAGGCGGUGGCCAUUGUGGGCGUCGGCGGCGUGGGAAGCGUCACCGCCGACAUGCUGACACGCUGCGGCAUUGGCAAACUGAUCCUGUUCGACUACGACAAGGUGGAGCUGGCCAACAUGAACCGGCUGUUCUUCACGCCAGACCAGGCCGGACUCUCCAAGGUGGAGGCCGCCGUCGGUACGCUGAGCUUCAUCAAUCCGGACGUGCGGAUCGAGGCGCACAACUACAACAUCACGACGGUGGACAACUUCGAGCGUUUCCUGGACACCAUCUCGAAGAGCGGCCAUGUGGACGGACAGCCGGUGGAUCUGGUGCUCAGCUGUGUGGACAACUUUGAGGCCCGCAUGGCGAUCAAUGCGGCGUGCAACGAGCGCAAUCUGAACUGGUUCGAGUCGGGCGUCUCAGAGAACGCCGUCUCGGGGCACAUCCAGUUCAUCCGGCCCGGGGACACCGCCUGCUUCGCCUGCGCUCCGCCGCUGGUGGUGGCCGAGAACAUUGACGAGAGGACGCUGAAACGGGAGGGCGUGUGCGCCGCCUCCCUGCCCACAACCAUGGGCAUUACGGCCGGCUUCCUUGUCCAGAACGCCCUGAAGUAUCUGCUGAACUUCGGCGAGGUAUCCGACUAUCUGGGCUACAAUGCCCUCAGCGACUUCUUUCCCAAGAUGACGCUCAAGCCGAAUCCGCAGUGCGACGAUGGGCACUGUUUGAUCAGGCAAAAGGAGUUCCAGGCCAGGCCCAAGCCGGUGGUGAUAAAGGAGGAGGUGGUCAGCGAGGAGCCACUGCAUGCCACCAACGAGUGGGGCAUUGAAUUGGUGCCCGCAGAUUCACCGCCAAGUCAACCACAGCCAGCCAAAAGCUCUGAGGUUGGCGAGGGUCUACGACUGGCCUACGAAGCCCCCGAAAAAUCCAGCGAAAAUCCAGGGGAAAAUGUAACUGCGCCCGCGGACGAAACCAGUGUGGAGGAUCUGAUGGCGCAGUUGAAGUCCAUGUGAAUUGAUUCCAUACUCUGUAUUUAUAGGCACUCUUUUGUAAAACAUUUUUUUUAUUGCUAAGCUGAGCUUUUUGCACAUAUGUAUGUGUAUGUGUACUAGUUGGCUCAGACAGUUUUUUUUUUCCAUUAAAUAUUAAACACGCUU